ACAAUGAGCAAUAGCGCAGAUAACGCGCUCUUUGCAAUACAGUUGAGUUUGGUAACCCUGCGUACAAAUCGCGUGUUUAGUAAACAAGAACUUCACAUUUUUGUUAAGUAAUAUCGAGUAAUCAUAAUUGUUUAUUCACAAUGUUCGAGGCGCACACUAUCAAUGCAGAGCACAAAGAUCUUAUACACGAUAUCGCUUAUGAUUACUAUGGAGAACGAAUGGCAACGUGUUCCAGUGAUCAUUUUGUUAAGGUGUGGGAUGAAGACGAACAUGGAAAUUGGCACUUGACUGCUUCUUGGAAGGCACAUAGUGGCUCGGUAUGGAAGGUCACAUGGGCGCAUCCAGAAUGUGGCCAAGUUCUUGCUACAUGUUCCUUUGAUCGGACUGCUGCUGUUUGGGAGGAAAUCGUUGGUGAAGGCUCUGGACCAGAAGCUCGUGGUAGCAAGCACUGGAUUAAAAGAACAACUUUAGUAGAUUCUCGUACUUCAGUCACAGAUGUAAAGUUUGCACCAAAGACUUUAGGUCUUUUACUGGCCACUUGUAGCGCAGAUGGCUAUAUUCGAAUAUACGAAGCACCUGAUAUUAUGAAUUUGAGUCAAUGGACUCUGCAACACGAUAUCAAUUGCAAGCUUUCGUGUAGUAGUCUUUCUUGGAAUCCAUCGCUUUCAAGGUUACAUCCGCCUAUGAUAGCAGUUGGUAGCGACGAUCCCAAUCCAUCACUCGGAGCAAAGGUGUUCAUUUACGAAUUUUCUGAGAGCAGUAGACGCUGGGUUAAAGUCGAGGCGUUAUCGUCUGUUCUAGACGCCGUUUAUGACAUUGCGUUUGCUCCCAAUUUGGGCAGAAAUUUUCACACUUUAGCCAUAGCCACAAAAGACGUACGAAUAAUUACUCUGAAGCCGACGCAGGAAAGUACGCAAACCGGUGUUUCCCAUUUCGAAAUAAACACAGUUGCGCAAUUCGACGAUCAUUAUUGUACUGUCUGGCGUGUUAGUUGGAACUUUAUGGGAACGAUUUUAGCAAGUGCCGGCGACGAUGGUUGCAUCCGUUUGUGGAAGGAUAAUUAUAUUAAUGAGUGGAAGUGCGUCUCCGUUCUUAAAGGGGACGGCGCACCCGCGCAGAACACCGAGACUCCCGUUCUGGCAACUCCACCGAGUUCGUCCACACCGGCGCAACAAGCGCCGUCUACCACCAGGUACUACAAAUUGGGUACCAUCAGUCAUCCAAACCAAGUACCUUGGCAUUAGAAGAACUCACGUUUUCUAAAAAAAGCAGCCAAUUGCUAGCUAUUUUAGUAUCGUGUCAUUCUUUGUCAAAUGGAAGAUCCAAAGUAUAAGAUAUUUUUUGUUCCGAUAAAAAAUUUAUUAUAGUUAUUUGUGUUCUUUUCACAACAAAGUAUACUCAUCAUCUUAUUAUUUGUAUACUUUAGGUAAGCAUUUGCGCACUUUUACUACUGAAUUUUUUUGAAACUACUUACACGUAGUUUUUGAUUGUUUAACUAAUACCUCUCAUACUCUAUAUAUCACAUGUAAUGUCCUACCUACACUUUUGUUUAUAAUCGUUGAUUUGUGAGAACGAACUCUUGUUUUUAUAUUAAAAUCCUCAAAUGUCGUCUCAAAUGUAUUAUGUUAUUGUCAACUAGAAUUUUAAAACCUUGUCACAAGAGGUUUUUAAAACGCUCUUCCAGUAAGUUUAGUGACAAAACAAUAAACUGUGUGAGAUGUACAAACGAUUUUUGAAGAUUUGGGCGGAGGAUAUGAGUGUUAUCGGUGUUAUUUGUCAAACUCAAUUGACAACUUUGGUAAUCAAAAUUGGAUAAAGUAUUUUUCAAAAUUUAUAAAUUUAUUAUGAAGUAUGAAUGGUGUUUAAGAGACCUGUACAUUUUUUUUAUUAAUAAACGUUGUUUCUGCAUAAUAAGUACCUUUUCAUUUUCUCCUCCCUUGUUCUGUCAAAUCUUGAUUAUAAUUUGCAUCAUCACGAAGUUUUUUUUUUUUUAUAGAACAUGUGAUUUGUUCUUGAUUAUUCAGUUGUCACAAUGCACAAGCGAUUUUUACUUCAAUUUAUUAAAGCAAGGAUCUUAAAGAGACCG